AUGGGUUUCGCCCAAGAGGCGGCAGCGGCGCGCGGGGAAUCCGGGCCAAUCGCCGGGCCGGUCACCGGGCCGGGCCGCCGCCGGGCCAGCCAGCGGGGCUGCGGCUGUCGCCGGGGUCCGGCUUCGGCGGGCGCCGGGAGCAGCUGCCGCCUCUUCCUGGCUUUCUUCACGCUGUCGCUGGCCCUCCACCUGCUGACGCUCUGCUGCUACCUGGAGCUGCGCUCUGAGCUGCGGCGAGAGCUUGCAGCCGAGGCCCGCCGCGCCCCCGUCCCCGCCGGGCCGCCCGCCGGGACCCCCGACGCUACCAUUGAUGCCUCCCGGGACGCCUUGGCCGCCCGUCGCCGCCGCCAACGCGGGCAGCUGCCACCUCUACUCCAAGAGCAGCAGCAACUGUUGCCACCGCCCAAACCCGAGCCCAGGGACACGGCGCUUCUCCCCGGCCCUGGGGACCCGCAGCAGUUGGCCUUGCUGAAUUUCUUCUUUCCUGAAGAAAAGCUCCCCGAUGAAGAAGAAAGUAGACACGCUCAGCGCAGCAAGAGGAGUAAAAGCAGUGAAGGAGCAGACGGUCCAGUCAAAAACAAGAAAAAGGGAAAAAAGGCUGGACCUCCUGGGCCAAAUGGUCCCCCAGGCCCCCCUGGGCCUCCAGGCCCCCAAGGACCUCCAGGAAUCCCCGGAAUCCCUGGCAUUCCUGGGACAACAGUCAUGGGACCCCCUGGCCCUCCUGGUCCCCCUGGGCCUCAAGGCCCCCCCGGGUUGCAAGGCCCCUCAGGUGCAACCGACAAGGCUGGCGCUCGAGAGAUCCAGCCAGCUGUGGUGCAUCUCCAAGGCCAAGGCUCCGCCAUCCAGGUGAAGAAUGAUCUUUCAGGUGGAGUGCUCAAUGACUGGUCUCGCAUCACCAUGAACCCCAAGGUGUUUAAACUGCACCCCCGCAGUGGGGAGCUGGAGGUACUGGUGGACGGCACCUACUUCAUCUAUAGUCAGGUAGAAGUUUACUACAUCAACUUCACGGAUUUUGCCAGCUAUGAGGUGGUGGUGGAUGAGAAGCCCUUCUUACAGUGUACCCGGAGCAUCGAGACGGGCAAGACCAACUAUAACACGUGCUACACGGCAGGCGUGUGCCUCCUCAGGGCCCACCAGAAGAUUGCCGUCAAGAUGGUGCACGCCGACAUCUCCAUAAACAUGAGCAAGCACAGCACGUUCUUUGGGGCCAUCCGACUAGGCGAGGCCCCUGCUUCCUAGACUCUCCCUGGCUGGGAGGCCAGGACACCUGGGGCCGCCCCACCAUUGCACAGUUUGGAUGGAGAUGUAGGCAUCUUCCAGCCAAGGAGAGACAGAGGAGAGAGCGAGAGAGCCAGCUGCUCAUGGUCUAUUUAUCCCCUAAUUAGUGGCUUUCGGGCGAGCCGGCUUGCUGGGACCCCGGGGGAGGCAGGGGGUAGGGCCACUGGCCUCGGGAGGGCCAGGCCAGUCUUAGGACACUCAGCACCACUGGGCUCGGGAUGAGGGGUGACCCACAAGCCCAUCGCCUUCAGAACUCUGACACCGCCAGCUCUGUGGCGGCAGGCACUUCGGGGCAAGAACUGGCAGAGCCAGGAGCCAGGGAGGGAGCUGCCAAAGAGGCCCUCAGUUCAAACCCCCACCCUCAGGGCCCUUGGGCACCAGCACGAGUCAAUGGUCCAUUAGCAUCCUGCCUUCACCACUUCCUCAGGCUCUUCCUCAGCAUCUCUGGGCCUCACCUCCACAGUCCUUUCCACUCUGACUUCACCUUCCUGUCUGCAAGCUGAGGGCCUUGGACUAGAUGGCUUUCCACCUGAACCUCUGCUUCUGGGCUCACCUUAAGUGGGCCUUUGCCGUGAUGCAGUGUGAAGGGACAGAAGUGGGGAGGGGGGAGGGACAGAGCAAGCCCACAAUGGGGCCCUUGGUAUGGGCUGAUGGCUGUGCUGGCUGCUCGGCCCUGACGGCCUGCAGGCCCCAUUGAGGCCGCCUGCUUCGACUGAGAGGAGGCCCUCACUUGGUUUCCAGCCUCCAUCCUCAAGUUUGCCCUGUCUCUGCCACACCCCUUCCCCCCCCCACCCCAGCAUGCUGUAGUCUGGGCUCAGGAAAUGGGACCAUGGCCUUCUCCCUCAUUUCCAGGGCCAUCCUCAGCUCUCAGUAAAUUCCUGCGAUUGGGCCAUGCACCCCCUCCACGCACACCCAGAAUCUAUACUCAUCCCAAGCUGGCUAUGGCUUCCAUUCUCCCCACCAGAGAGCUCCUCGUCUGAGACCAAGAGCUUUUCCCAUUUGAUGUGACGACGCACAAAAGGCUUUCAUUCUGCUUACAGAAUUGUGCCCACUGGCAGGGGAUUGGACCAGAUGACUUCUGGUCGUCCCUUCAAGGUCAAGGAUUCCAGAGGCUAAACCUUAGUUGUGUGAACUAGCCCAGCUGCCUUCCACCAGAAGGGUCUAUUAAGUCCUCCCCGCCUCAGAGCUCCAGGGGAUGCUGAACAGUGGGAGUGCUAGCUGACCAAGGAGGAAAGGGUGAGAUGUGGCUGAAGAGUCCCCCUUCCCCGUGAGGCUCGGGCCGCUAAGGGAGUCCAUGAUCUGUGCCGGAGGUUGGCUUGAGGCCUCUGGACUGAGCGUCGCUUAGGCAGCAAGGUAGGACACCUAAGUGGGAGCCGAUGGAAAGGGCGCUGGCCCUGGAUUCGAAUCAUGCUUCUGCUGCUUCUACAAAUGGGACCUUGGCCAAGUUGCUUUGCCUCCCAAGGACUGCAGUUCCCUCAGCUGGUUUCAGGACUCACAGCAGUCUUCCUCGCAAAUGGACUUUAAGGAAGCUCCAGGAUGGGUUUAGAACUAGUUGUCUGCUGGUUCCAAGGAGGCCACUCUUGCUCAGCACCAAUCAUUCCCUAAGUUACUUAGCUUGGUCCAAGGUAAAGCCCUAUCGAUAGAUUGGGGUAGACCAAGGCCACCAGUCGGGACAGAUGCUUUCAUUUUCUUGAGUGUCCUAAAGUUUUUCUUCCACUCCCACCCCUAUUGCCUGACUCUCCCACCGCAGCAGAGCCUGCAGAGGGGCUGCUGGGCAGUGAGAACUGCAGAGCUUGUGUAUCCCCAUGGCCAAGUGGCAAGAGGGGCCUGGGGUUACACUCUGUGGCAUCUGCUAGUGACAGCCUUCGGACCUAAGGCCCUACAGACACCAACCCAGUGUGGGCCUCCCACCUCCUAGAAAGCUCGCUGUUCAUGAUCUUUUGGACAGUCAGACACAGAAGAGCUUGCCAUUCCCCUGCUCAUGCGGCCAAGUGGGACUCCCAAAUGGACAGUCCACAGGAGAAAGGCACUGGAAGCCUACUGAAGAAAUCCAGAGCCCUGGUAUGUCCAUUUCUUGGCAGCACUGGCCAGCCCGGUAGCUGCUGGGACUUCCGUACUGAGAGAAAAGGUCCAUUAACCUUCAGACCCUAUGUCCACUUGGUGUUGCGCCAAGCAGGGCUGCUGGUCCCCCAUCACGCUAACUGAAUCAGUGUCUACCUACCUCCUGAGGGCUAUGAGGGAGGUGAAGGACCAAGCAGCCCCACUGGCGAGAGCUUGACGCCCAAGGAGAGACACAGAGGAGAAGUGGCAAUGACACUGGAAAGUACCUUGGAGAGCUCCAGAGUCUCUGGCCCAAAAGACCUUCUUAAGAAAGACCAAUUCUAGACGCUGGCAGAGCAGGAGUGAAACAGGAGGAAAGGGAAAGGGCUCCCAUCCCUGCCUCUCUCAGCCCAAACUGUGGGGCACUGCAUGGGGUUAGGUGCCCCAGGCAACCUUCCCCAGUCCCUUCCCAAAGAGAACCUGAGAGCUGGGGGUCUUUGCUCUUUCUGACAGGGAUGGGGCCCGCUGUGGUUGCUGCAGAAGAGGCCUGUGGCUGCGUUUGGAAGUUACUUUGAGGUCAAAAGAAUGGGGAGAAGUUGGAGGUGUGCCUCACUGACCUUCAUUCGUUUGGCUUUCCCUGAGGGCUGGAAGACUAGAAGAAAGAUUUGAAUCCCUGCCCUGCCCCCUCCAACGGUGCUGAGGGCCCUUCUCCUUCAUGUCAUGACCACUGAUGCAAGAAAUAGGAUGUGGCUUGUCCAUCUGACUAAUGGAGGCUUUGGCUCACUCAGUCCCAACAGCAAAGCCCUCAGGACACCCUGACUCAGCCCCUACCACAGCCCCAGCUCCUGCCGUGGUCAAUUCCAAUCAAUCCAGCAGACAUUUUUGAAUGUCACUACUAUGUGCCACACCCCAGGAUCUAAUAACAAGCAUGAAACAGUCCCUGCCCUCAAGAGGCUUCUUUUCUCCAGCUAAAGCCCAAGCAGCCUCUAUGUCCAGCCCUUGGUGACUGGAGCUGCUUGGGUUGGUGCAGUCAAUUUGGGGUCCUCCCCCAGCCCUACCUACACACUGAGAAGAAAGUUAAAAUAGCCUCAUUGGGACUUUCCAUUCUCCUUGAGGAUCCUGGCUUUAUUACCUCACAGCAACUGGAACCCAGAUGGGUCUUGGUUCUGUGGGCCAUAUUAUAGUCACCAUGUAGGUUUUAUUUAACCCAUUUUAAUAAAUCUGCUAUUCAACCAAAGCGAGAUGUAACUAACCUCCUUGUGGGUUCCACCAGUCUCAACUUUAUGCAGGUGAAGAGGUCAGCUGAGCAACCAGCCUCCCCUGUUUGCCCCGAGCUUCCUGCUUCCAGUGGGAAAGCAUCAAGAUCCCCACAGGAGACACUAGCACCUGGAGGCAGGCCCCUGUGGGGAAAAAAGGACAAAGGUCCAGUACACUAAAUGCUUUCUGUAGGGUGCUCUGACUAGUGCUGGUCUUCUAGCCUGCGGGGCUCAGGCAGGGAUGCAGGGGGGUGGCCCGUGGUCCAAGGUCCUGUCACAGUCACUGGACUCUACUUCCCCAACACCCACUUGGUGACACCCAGGCCAAAAGGAGCAUCCCCUACCUUUUGAAGUCUUCCUGUUCCCCAAGUUUUGUAUCAAGCUCAGGGCAGAGGUGCCGGUGUGAGCUGGGGGCUGGGAGCCCCAGUGCAAGGCUGUAUGAAAGAGCUUGGGAUGGUAGGGUGCUGGUGCCAGCUGAGCCUGGGCUGCUCCCAGUCCAGGAACCAGGACAGGCUCCAAUCCUCUGCAGGAGGCUGGAGGCCCAAACGGACUGCCUCUCCUCUAAGUCUCUGCACUCUGCUCUUAAAACCCCAUUGGGUCCCUCCAAGAAGGGCUGGGGCAGCUGGCACCUCUUACUUGGAUAGGAUGUCUCUGUGACUCAGUGCAGGUGGGCCAAGCAGGCCCAAGAGAUGCCUAGUGUGGGAGCACAGGCUUGCUGCGGUUUGGUGGAGCUGCUCUGUGUAUAUCACAUAUACAUACUGUAUAUAUAAGCCAGGUUGUAAGUUUGUGUAAAUGAAUGGUUUGUUCUUGGCCAAUAAAAGCAUUUCCCCCCAUGAGA